AUGGCGGAGGACGGCGGGGCGGGGCUUCGCUUUUCCGCGCUCUAUAUAAGCGGGCAGUGGCUGCGGCGGCGCCGUGAGCCUGACCUUCGUUGCCCGGCUAGCAGCGCCAUGGCGCCCUCCAGGAAGUUCUUCGUGGGGGGUAACUGGAAGAUGAACGGACGGAAGACGUCUCUUGGGGAACUCAUCAGCACUCUGAACGCGGCCAAGGUGCCGGCCGACACCGAGGUGGUCUGUGCACCUCCCACUGCCUACAUUGACUUCGCCCGCCAGAAGCUAGAUUCCAAGAUUGCUGUGGCUGCCCAGAACUGCUACAAAGUCACUAAUGGGGCCUUUACUGGGGAAAUCAGCCCGGGCAUGAUCAAAGACUGUGGAGCCACAUGGGUAGUCCUGGGACACUCAGAGAGAAGGCAUGUCUUUGGGGAAUCAGAUGAGCUGAUUGGGCAGAAAGUGGCCCAUGCCCUGGCAGAGGGACUUGGAGUAAUCGCCUGCAUUGGGGAGAAGCUAGAUGAGAGAGAAGCUGGCAUCACUGAGAAGGUUGUUUUUGAGCAAACCAAGGUCAUCGCAGAUAAUGUGAAGGACUGGAACAAGGUUGUCCUGGCCUAUGAGCCUGUGUGGGCCAUUGGUACUGGCAAGACUGCAACACCUCAACAGGCCCAGGAAGUACAUGAGAAGCUCCGGGGAUGGCUUAAGUCCAAUGUUUCUGAUGCAGUAGCUCAGAGCACUCGCAUCAUUUAUGGAGGUUCUGUGACUGGGGCCACCUGCAAAGAGCUGGCGAGCCAGCCUGAUGUGGACGGCUUCCUGGUGGGUGGCGCUUCCCUCAAGCCUGAAUUCGUGGACAUCAUCAAUGCCAAACAAUAAACCCCGUCCAUCUCGCCUACGCUUCCUGCUAAGCCAGGGAAUAGGAAGCCCAGAAGCCCAAGAACUGACCCCCCCUGCACAUGCUUCUGAUAGUGUCAUCUGCCCCCUCUUGUGGCCUAAUCCAAACUGUACCUUCCUUUACCGUUUACACCUUUCCCCUGUAAUGGCUGGGACCAGGCCAAUUCCUUCUCCACUUACUAUAAUGGUUGGAACUAAACAUGUCUCCAAGGUGGCUUCUCCUUGGCUGAGAGGUAGAAGGGGUGGAAAUUGCUCAUGGUUCCACUCAGGCCCCACUGAGGGCAGGAAAAAGAAACCAUCCUCCUCUCCCUUCUCACACCAUGAGGCCAAGAUCCCCCCCUCAGAGGCUGGCACUACGCUGUCCCGUGGUGCUGAGGCCUGUGUGCUGUGUAUGAGCCAUUCCACAUGUGAGGGAAAUAAACACCUGGCACUGA